GCGCCGUCGCCGCCGCUUCCUCCUCUGCAGCCGUUCGGCCGCUGCGUGACGCGUCGUUUCCUCCCAACAUGGCGGCCGGGGCAGGUCGGCGGUGAUGGAGGCCAGUCCACUGCCGCGGCGGGUGCUAAUCCCCACAGUAGCCAGGGCAGCCCUGCUCUCGCCGGGCCUCUGAGCCGCCUCGGCCCUCGGCCCCCGGCACACGGCCGCCAAGGCUGGGCUCCCUCGCCGCCCCCGGGCCGGAGGGGCGAGUGAGGGGGGUGGCCGGGCAGCGACCCCCGGGCCUGGAGAAGCGGAGGUCCGACGGGCGCGGCCCUCCAGGGGCGGCCUCUCGGGGGGCGGUGAAGACCCCGGCGCCCCUCGCCUGCACCGCGGCUGGUCCCGCUCGCCCGCCCCUUCCUGAUCCUGCCGCUGCCCUCCACGCCUCCUCUCCCCCACCUCCACCCCCUCUCCUUUCUCUCCGCUCUUCCUCCCCCUCCGCCCCCCCUCCAGCCGCUGGGAGCCGCGGUCGGACGGGCCGCUGCCUCCUCCUCUGCGUCCAUGUAUGAGGGCAAGAAGACGAAGAACAUGUUCCUGACCCGGGCCCUGGAGAAGAUUCUGGCCGACAAGGAAGUGAAGAAGGCGCAUCACUCCCAGCUGCGCAAAGCGUGUGAGGUGGCGUUAGAGGAAAUAAAAGCGGAAACUGAAAAACAAAGUCCUCCUCAUGGAGAAGCAAAAGCUGGAUCAAGCACCCUUCCACCAGUGAAAUCAAAGACAAAUUUUAUAGAAGCAGACAAGUACUUCUUACCCUUUGAACUGGCAUGCCAGUCCAAAUGUCCCCGCAUAGUUAGUACAUCUCUAGAUUGUUUACAGAAACUUAUUGCUUAUGGGCACUUGACAGGCAACGCUCCAGAUAGUACAACACCAGGCAAAAAAUUAAUUGAUAGAAUUAUUGAAACAAUUUGUGGCUGUUUCCAAGGUCCUCAAACAGAUGAAGGAGUUCAGUUGCAGAUAAUAAAGGCUUUACUUACUGCAGUAACAUCUCAACACAUAGAAAUUCACGAAGGAACUGUACUGCAAGCUGUGAGAACAUGUUACAAUAUCUAUCUAGCAAGCAAAAAUCUCAUCAAUCAGACAACAGCCAAAGCUACUCUUACUCAGAUGCUAAAUGUUAUCUUUGCACGCAUGGAAAACCAAGCAUUGCAGGAAGCCAAACAAAUGGAGAAAGAAAGGCAUCGGCAGCAUCAUCAUCUGUUGCAGUCUCCAGUAAGCCAUCAUGAGCCUGAAUCACCUCAGCUUAGAUAUUUGCCACCUCAGACUGUUGAUCAUAUAUCCCAAGAUCAUGAAGGGGACCUUGAUCCGCAUACAAAUGAUGUGGAUAAAAGCCUUCAGGAUGACACAGAGCCUGAAAAUGGAUCUGAUAUUUCCAGUGCAGAAAAUGAACAGACUGAAGCUGAUCAGGCAACUGCAGCUGAAACAUUAUCUAAAAAUGAUAUAUUAUAUGAUGGAGAAAGCCAUGACUGUGAGGAGAAGCCACAAGACAUUGUACAAAGCAUUGUAGAAGAAAUGGUGAACAUCAUUGUUGGAGAUAUGGGAGAAAGGACUACUGUAAAUGUAAGUGCAGAUGGCAACGUUGGAACUAUAGAGGAUGGUAGCGACAGUGAAAAUAUUCAAGCAAAUGGAAUUCCAGGAACACCAAUUUCUGUUGCAUAUACACCAUCCUUACCUGACGACAGAUUGUCUGUCUCGUCCAAUGAUACUCAGGAAUCUGGAAAUUCUUCAGGACCUUCACCUGGUGCUAAGUUUUCCCACAUUUUACAAAAGGAUGCCUUUCUAGUAUUCAGGUCAUUGUGUAAACUGUCAAUGAAACCACUGUCAGAUGGACCACCAGAUCCAAAGUCUCAUGAGUUACGAUCCAAGAUUCUUUCAUUGCAGUUACUUCUAUCCAUUCUGCAGAAUGCAGGACCUGUUUUCAGGACAAAUGAGAUGUUUAUUAAUGCCAUUAAGCAGUAUCUGUGUGUUGCACUCUCAAAAAACGGAGUCUCGUCUGUUCCGGAGGUUUUUGAGCUUUCUCUUUCCAUAUUUCUUACUUUGUUGUCAAACUUCAAGACACACCUGAAGAUGCAAAUUGAGGUGUUCUUUAAAGAAAUUUUCCUGUACAUUUUGGAAACUUCUACCAGCUCAUUUGACCACAAAUGGAUGGUUAUUCAGACAUUGACAAGGAUUUGUGCAGAUGCUCAGAGUGUAGUGGAUAUUUAUGUAAACUAUGACUGUGACUUAAAUGCGGCAAAUAUAUUUGAAAGACUGGUAAAUGAUCUAUCAAAAAUUGCUCAAGGACGGGGCAGUCAAGAACUUGGUAUGAGUAAUGUUCAGGAAUUGAGCCUGAGGAAAAAAGGUUUAGAAUGCUUAGUGUCGAUUUUGAAGUGUAUGGUUGAAUGGAGUAAGGAUCAGUAUGUGAAUCCCAACUCUCAGACAACUCUUGGUCAGGAAAAACCCUCAGAGCAAGAGACGAGUGAAAUCAGACACCCUGAGACAAUAAACAGAUAUGGAAGUUUAAAUUCUCUGGAAUCAACAUCAUCAUCAGGAAUAGGCAGCUACAGUACACAGAUGUCUGGCACUGAUAAUCCAGAACAAUUCGAGGUCCUAAAGCAACAAAAAGAAAUAAUAGAGCAAGGGAUAGAUUUAUUUAAUAAGAAACCAAAGAGAGGAAUACAGUACCUCCAAGAACAAGGGAUGCUUGGCACUACACCUGAGGAUAUUGCCCAAUUCUUACAUCAAGAGGAAAGAUUAGACUCUACUCAAGUGGGUGAGUUCCUGGGAGAUAAUGAUAAAUUUAACAAAGAAGUCAUGUAUGCAUAUGUGGACCAACAUGACUUUUCAGGAAAGGACUUCGUUUCAGCCCUUCGUAUGUUUCUGGAAGGAUUCCGUCUUCCAGGGGAAGCUCAAAAAAUUGAUCGAUUGAUGGAAAAAUUUGCUGCAAGAUAUCUGGAAUGCAACCAAGGACAAACUCUUUUUGCUAGUGCAGAUACUGCCUAUGUUUUGGCUUACUCAAUUAUUAUGCUCACCACAGAUCUUCACAGUCCACAGGUUAAAAAUAAAAUGACAAAGGAACAAUACAUUAAGAUGAAUAGAGGUAUCAAUGACAGUAAAGACCUUCCUGAAGAGUAUCUAUCAGCCAUCUAUAAUGAAAUAGCUGGGAAAAAGAUAUCAAUGAAAGAAACAAAAGAACUAACAAUCCCUACAAAAUCGAGUAAACAAAAUGUAGCCAGUGAAAAACAAAGAAGACUUCUGUAUAACUUAGAAAUGGAACAGAUGGCCAAGACAGCUAAAGCACUCAUGGAGGCCGUGAGCCAUGUUCAGGCACCUUUUACAAGUGCAACACAUUUGGAGCAUGUGAGACCCAUGUUUAAGUUGGCUUGGACACCCUUUCUGGCUGCAUUCAGUGUGGGUCUACAAGAUUGUGAUGAUACUGAAGUAGCCUCUCUUUGCCUGGAAGGUAUAAGAUGUGCAAUCAGAAUUGCAUGCAUUUUCAGCAUUCAGCUGGAAAGAGAUGCAUAUGUCCAGGCGCUAGCACGAUUUACCUUACUUACAGUGAGUUCUGGUAUUACUGAAAUGAAACAGAAGAACAUUGACACAAUAAAAACACUUAUCACAGUGGCUCAUACAGAUGGAAAUUAUUUAGGAAAUUCAUGGCAUGAGAUUCUGAAGUGCAUCAGCCAGCUGGAGCUUGCACAACUUAUAGGAACUGGAGUGAAACCUCGAUACAUUUCUGGAACAGUGAGAGGUAGAGAAGGAUCUCUAACUGGAACAAAAGAUCAGGCUCCUGAUGAAUUUGUGGGUCUGGGGCUGGUUGGAGGAAAUGUGGACUGGAAGCAGAUAGCAAGUAUUCAGGAAUCCAUUGGAGAAACCAGUUCUCAAAGUGUUGUUGUUGCUGUAGAUAGAAUAUUUACAGGGUCUACAAGGCUAGAUGGAAAUGCUAUUGUGGAUUUUGUCCGUUGGCUCUGUGCUGUGUCUAUGGAUGAAUUACUUUCCACUACUCAUCCAAGGAUGUUUAGUCUACAAAAAAUAGUAGAAAUAUCAUAUUACAACAUGGGAAGAAUAAGAUUGCAGUGGUCUCGAAUUUGGGAAGUUAUUGGAGAUCAUUUUAAUAAGGUUGGCUGUAAUCCUAAUGAAGAUGUAGCUAUUUUUGCAGUAGACUCCUUGAGGCAACUGUCAAUGAAGUUCUUAGAGAAAGGGGAGCUUGCUAAUUUCAGAUUUCAGAAGGAUUUCUUAAGACCUUUUGAACAUAUAAUGAAACGGAACAGGUCUCCAACAAUUCGAGAUAUGGUUGUACGGUGUAUAGCACAGAUGGUUAAUUCUCAAGCUGCUAACAUUCGGUCUGGAUGGAAGAACAUUUUCUCUGUAUUUCAUCUAGCUGCAUCUGAUCAAGAUGAGAGCAUAGUGGAACUUGCGUUUCAAACAACAGGGCACAUUGUCACCCUUGUGUUUGAAAAACACUUUCCAGCGACCAUUGAUUCUUUCCAGGAUGCAGUGAAGUGUUUGUCUGAAUUUGCGUGCAAUGCAGCUUUCCCAGACACAAGUAUGGAAGCAAUUCGACUUAUUCGCCAUUGUGCAAAAUAUGUGUCUGAUAGACCACAGGCUUUCAAGGAAUACACAAGUGAUGAUAUGAAUGUGGCACCUGAAGACAGGGUGUGGGUGAGAGGAUGGUUCCCAAUUCUUUUUGAGUUAUCCUGUAUCAUCAAUAGAUGCAAAUUAGAUGUAAGAACCAGGGGUUUAACAGUAAUGUUUGAAAUAAUGAAAACUUAUGGCCACACUUACGAAAAACACUGGUGGCAGGAUUUAUUUAGAAUUGUUUUCAGAAUCUUUGACAACAUGAAAUUGCCAGAACAGCAGACAGAGAAAGCUGAAUGGAUGACAACAACUUGUAAUCAUGCACUUUAUGCAAUCUGUGAUGUAUUCACCCAGUAUUUAGAAGUACUCAGUGAUGUACUUUUGGAUGAUAUUUUUGCCCAGCUAUACUGGUGUGUGCAGCAAGAUAAUGAGCAGUUAGCACGAUCUGGUACAAACUGCUUAGAGAAUGUUGUUAUUCUCAAUGGUGAAAAAUUUACCCUAGAAAUCUGGGAUAAAACUUGUAACUGCACACUGGAUAUCUUCAAAACCACAAUCCCACAUGCGCUCUUGACCUGGCGUCCCACUUCUGGAGAAAUGGCUCCCCCACCUCCGUCUCCUGUGAGUGAAAAACAGUUGGAUACAAUAUCACAGAAAUCUGUAGAUAUCCAUGAUUCUAUUCAACCAAGAUCUGCAGAUAAUAGACAGCAAGCACCAUUGGCUUCUGUCUCCACUGUGAAUGAAGAAGUCAGCAAAAUUAAACCUACAGCAAAAUUUCCAGAACAAAAAUUGUUUGCUGCCCUGUUGAUUAAAUGUGUUGUGCAGCUGGAACUCAUCCAGACUAUCGACAACAUUGUGUUCUUCCCAGCCACAAGUAAGAAGGAAGACGCGGAAAACUUAGCUGCAGCACAGAGAGAUGCCGUGGACUUUGAUGUUCGAGUUGAUACUCAAGACCAAGGAAUGUACCGCUUUUUAACAUCACAACAACUUUUUAAGCUACUGGACUGCUUAUUAGAGUCACACAGAUUUGCAAAAGCAUUUAAUUCCAACAAUGAACAGAGGACUGCUCUGUGGAAAGCAGGCUUCAAAGGCAAAUCCAAACCCAACCUUCUGAAGCAGGAGACAAGCAGCCUGGCCUGUGGGCUGCGCAUUCUCUUCCGGAUGUACAUGGACGAGAGCCGCGUUAGUGCCUGGGAGGAGGUCCAGCAAAGGCUUUUAAAUGUCUGCAGUGAAGCUCUGAGUUACUUCCUUACUCUAACGUCGGAAAGUCAUCGGGAAGCCUGGACUAAUUUACUGCUUUUGUUUCUAACUAAAGUUUUAAAGAUAAGUGAUAAUAGGUUUAAAGCUCAUGCAUCGUUCUACUACCCUCUCUUAUGUGAAAUUAUGCAGUUUGACUUGAUUCCUGAACUUCGUGCUGUUCUUAGAAGAUUUUUUCUGCGAAUCGGAGUAGUUUUUCAGAUAUCACAACCACCUGAGCAGGAACUCGGACUAAACAAGCAAUGAUGGGAACUUAAUAUUUUUCUGUUGGCGUUUACAUCCCUCCGCUCUUUAAAAGGACCCUGGAGCUGAGGUUUCCUACCUGAAAAUGGUUUUUCUGAUUGCAGUGUCUAAGGGUUCCUGGUAAAGAUGCUUAGAAGUAGAACUGAAACUUGGCAGUGCUCCAGUCCCUUUUCGUUAUCUGAUGGAUUCUGUUUGUCACGCUGGGCUCGUGUUGAGCAGAAAGCCUGUUGCCACAGUUAUCAGCUUAUGCUCAUGUGUCCUUCCCUGUCCUCAGCGGUAGGGAGAGCACCACGUAUAUUUUGGCAGGUGUGGAAGUGAAACUUACCCAAAGAACUAUAGAUGUAAAGAUUUGAACUUCUGCAAGAAGUACAACUCAGGAGAGCUGUAUUUUGAAGGAUUAAAUGUUUAUAAUUGGGGGGUGGGGGGAGAAGAAGAAAUUAUUGUUCAUGGUAAAAGAUAUUUAGCAACUAUGGUAUUCUUACUCUGAAGAUUUUUGCACACUCAGGCUAUCUGAGAUACUGGUAAUCAUCCUUCUGUGAAAAAUGUACAGAGAUGCAGGUCUGUAAUAUAAAAAUCUUAAACAUUAUAUAGUUCUUCCUGCACUGUUUUCUUUAUUUUCUUAUUCAUUUGCUAAAUACCUAUAAUAUUUUGUCAAAUGCACUAAACAUUUGGGUUGAACUUUUUUGUCUUUUUUAUUUUGUGGAGAUUUUGGUUUUGCCCUUUUCUGGGGAGGUGGUAAUUUUGAGGGUUUAAUGUGCCCAGAAGCUGUUGUGGCUGACAGUUGUUAAGAUCAACAACAACAACAAAAAGGUAGAAAAUAUCCCCACUGACGUAACUACCUGUGGUAUACUUCUCUUAGGGCUUUUAAAGAUGAGCCAUUAAAAUAGAAAUGAUCCUUCAUGGACGGAAACUUGAAUCACUGCAAAAUGAAUCUAGGUUGCUGUCACUUUCUUUUCUUUUCUUUUGGGUGGAGGGGCUUGGUGUAGAUUUUACUCUCUGUACAGAAUUUAAUGUUGAAUAUAUUAAAAUAACAAAUCUGGCAUGGUUUGGGGAGGUUAGAUUUACUGGAAAUGUAUUCAUACUGUGAAUUGUGCUCUGAUGGUUAAAAAAACAAGAUUGUCAAGCAUUCCGUAUUAACAGUGGAUGUAGAAAAUUUUUUCAGAUGGAUAAAAUGUAUAUGGUACAGAUGUAAAGUUUUCUAUGUAAAAAAUUCUGUACAACUUUCUGUACAAUAUUGAUUCUCAUCUGGCAUAUUCUAAUCAGGUUAUAGGUCAAUAAAGUUUUUGGAUUAUUU